AGAAGAUGAGAUGAGAGGCUAGUUAAAAUGCUUAGCAGAAACAUGUGGAGGGCCUAAUCACACCGUAAAGUAAAGCACCCCAAUGUACAACGACAUCGAUACUCAUCAUACGACAUCCUCCAUCACUCAGCUCUCCAUCUCUAAUGGCAAUUGCAGCUGCUGCUUCUCUUCCCUUCGGUUCUUCUCAUUGCCAUUCGUGCCAUGCAGAAAGGGUUUGUUGUUCUACAACACAUGGGAUCUCAAACAGUUGGAUGAAACCUCCUUCUGAUGGUCGAAGAGCCCUUGAUCUUCCAGGCGUAAGUUUUAAUUGCAGGAAUCCAUUACUUGGAUCAACCCAAUUCCACUGGCUGUCUAUUGGACAUGACCUUUGCCUUUCCAAAGUUUUGGUUGCUGCAGAUUACUCAGAUUCUGUUCCUGAUUCCUCUAGUUAUAUUACUAACCAAGGUUAUCAUCCUCUUGAAGAAGUGAAAGUCUGCAAAAUGGUCCGGGACACCAAACUCACUUCUGCUGAAAUAGCACGAACAACAGUUGAGGCGAACUGCAGUGCUUUGCUGGUGUUCCCGGGGAAGAUACACUGUGAACCACAUGAACAAAUUUCCUGGGCUGAUUUUGAAUAUGUUAUCGACGACUAUGGAGAUUUAUAUUUUGAAAUUUUUGAUGAUGCAAACUUGUUAGAGGAUCCUGCAGCAAGUAACCCUGUGAAUGCUUUGUUUGGGAUGGAUAUCCCUACAUAUGAUGAUGGAAGAAUAGCUGGUGAGUUCAACAUUCUAGGUGGUGGAAAUAGUGAUGAAAUCCCUUUUGAUGAUGAUUAUCUCGAGGUUGUAGAAUCUGAAGUUUCUGAUGUUCUAGACUGGGGGUUGCCAGAUACUUCUAGCUCGAUGCAUCCUAUUUAUUUCGCGAAGUGCUUGACAAAGGUGAUUAUUUGAUGUACCUCACUCGCAUGAAACGGUGGUCAGAGGAGGGAGAACGAGCUCCGUGAAAUUCCGUCAAAAACUGUCCAAACAGCACUGUUUCGUGGCGGUUUCCGUCGAUCACGACGGCGGAUCGAGGUUGGGAUGGGCUGGGAUUGGAAGAGGGAAGUGUGGUGGUUCUAACGGGACCGGUCUUGCUUGAAAUGGUCACUGGAGUUGGGAGAAAUCACCCUUAGGGCUGGGCGCGAUCCGGUUCGGCCCGGUUGAAAGCUUAACUCGAAACCGAAACCAAUACUGUUCAUCUAGUCCGGUCCGGUUUUUUAAAAAAAUAGAAGAAAAACCAGAUCAAGCUGAACUGUCUGAUUCGGUCCGAUUUUCCGAUUUGGGCCGGUUUAUUUUUUUUUUUAAAUAAAAAAAUUUGUUUCUUUGUG